AUGCAUUCAAUGAUUAAACAUCAUAUAGCUGUGCAGGAUUUUUCAAGAGGGUUUAGUUCUAUCACUGCUACUGUCAAUAUUAUUAUUAUUAUUAUUAUUCUUACUACUACUACUACUACUACUACUACUACUACUACUACUACUACUACUACUACUACUACUACUACUACUACUACUACUACUACUACUACUCACACUACUACUACUACUACUACUACUACUACUACUACUACCACUCACACUACUACUACUACUACUACUCACACUACUACUACUCACACUACUACUACUACUACUACUACUACUACUCACACUACUACUACUCACACUACUACUACUGCUGCUAUUGGUUGCAUGAGAAUUGGCUUUAGUAGUAGAAUUAUUCAGUGGACAAAUGAAAAUGGUCAGUUUUUAAAAUUAGUAUAUGCUGUUCAACAUGAAAGAGGCCCACGUAAUUCUACAUUACGUCGACAAGUUGCCUUAUAUCUGAAUGAUCAUCAGAAUACUCAAAAGUCACAAACACAUCGUCAACUACAUCAUCAAUAUCAUCAUCAUCAUCCUCAUCAACAUCAACUGUCACAGUUGUCACCAUUACUUCAGUCUUCAACAUUGAAUGCAUCAUCAAUUACAACACAAUCGAUAAAUAUGAACCCUUUGUUAGGCAUAAAUCUUUGUACUACGAUGAAUUUAAACAAAAAUGGUAAUACUAUUGAUGAUAGGAAUGGUCAAAUUAAUAAGGCUGACUCUCUGAAUCCAUUACCAACCACAAUGAAUCCAAUGAAUGAUCUUUUGAAUUUAGCAAAACUGCCGUAUAUGUAUUUAAAUUCAACUUUACAGUCAUCGCCUUCCAUUACGAACGGCUUUACUACCGUUGAAAAUACGGUAACAUCAACUACAACAACAACAACAACUAAUUCUACUUCUUUAUCUUCCUUAACCACCUAUCCUACAUGUACAACACAUAUAAACAAUGCCUUUAACUAUUUAAAUUAUCUGCCUUCAAUGUUCAAUUUUUCGAAUCCGUUUGAUGUGUCCUUGUCAAGCAGUAAUUGUUCUUCAAUAAACAAUGAAUCUACAAUCCCAUCAAGUCAGAUAUCAAAUUUAAUCAAGAAAACACCUUCAAGUAACGAUGUACUAAUGAGUGAUCCCUUGUUUUUCAAAAAUUUAAGUUCUGGUACAAUUAAUACUACUGCUACUACUACCACUACUAGCACUGACUGUGCAUCUACUACUAAUACAAAUUUCAGUAGUAUUAUGAUUGAUGCUAGUGACUGCCAUGCUGGAAAACUGCCCAGAAUUGAUGAUAUGAAUCAGUCAAAAGACCGUCAAAAGUUGAAUCGACAAGAAAUCCUGCUGAAACAAAGGAUGUUGGAGGAAUUUCAAGUAUGUCCAACAGAUUUAAUAGGACCUAUGUUGGGAAAUGUUUCUGAGCCUGAUAGAUGUGAGAACGAUGUACCAUCAUCAGUCCAGCGAAUAAAGUUAUCAUCUUCUGAUAUCACUUGUGAUAUAAAUAGUAUGGAUAUUAAAAGUGCCUGGAGUAAAGCACUUGCAUUCGCUAAGUUAUGCCUACCCGAUUUAUUCACAUGUAGUAACAAUGGUGUUGAUAAUAAUAAUAAUAAUAAUAAUAAUAAUAAUAAUAAUAAUAAUAAUAAUAAUAAUAAUAAUAAUAAUAACACUGGAAAUCCAGAGAAUCCUGCAGAUUUUCAUUCAAUUGAUUAUGCAAAUUCAUUGUUGUACUUUGACUCAGUAUUGAAGUCCAUAUAUUCGGAAAGUGUAAAGUAUUCCCUAUGGCCAUGGAUGCCACCAACAAUGAACAAUGUACCUGCAACUUUGCUGCAGUCGGCUUACAUAAAUACCAGUAAUGACAGUAUUAUCAGUAGUGGCAAUAGUAAUAACAAUAAUAACACUAAUGGUAAUAUUUGCCCAAGUCAAGAAUGCAGUUUUCACCCAGGAACUGAAAUCCCUAACUCAUUACUUCCUUUCGUCCUACCAUCAAUAUCAAAUGAUCUACCUUCAUCAACACCGUCAUCAUCACUGUUUCCUGGAACACUUUGCCAUUACCCACCUUGGUUAAGUUUGCCCCAUACAACAGAAACAACAAUUAAAGAUAACCUUAAGAAUUUUUCAAACUCAUGGUUUGCAAAUGAAACAGAAUUAAUUCGAAAGCAAUGUGGCCCAAUUCGUCAGAAAGAAAAUCAACAUCAACCAUCUCCUCCAUCGUAUUCUGAAGCGAUAAAGAAUCAGAUACACCUAUCAAGUGGUAUUUCCUUACCGAUAAAUCAGUCUGUUAAAACUACACUAGGUACAGAUGUUCAACCAUUGAAUUCACGCUUGACUCGACCAUAUGAUACAGUAAAUGAACAUAAUACAGCUGGUAGUUUAUUACAGUCAUCAUUUACUUCAUCAGGCAAUUCCUCUUCCUCCUCCUCCUCUUCCUGUUCAUCAUCAUUCUCUUCAUCAUCAUCAUCAUCAGCAUUAUCAUCUUGCUCAUUGUCAACACCAUUACCCAUAGAUAUGGUACAAUUUUAUCUAAGUCAGUUAAUGUUUCAAAUUAUUCAAUGGUUGUGUCAUUCUAGACCAGAUAAUAAACUUACAGAGAAUUUCGCUUUUCACAUCAAUAAAUCAGAUAUGAUUAAUUUAAUUUGUACACAAUGGGAUUUAUUGUUCAGUUUAACACUAUUCACAGAAUUUCAUAAAAUGUCAUUGGACAAUACUACUAAUACUAUUACUAUUAACAAGAACAUAAGUACUGAUAAUAGUAAUGGCAGUUGCACUCCUAUUGAUGAAACAGAAUAUUGUUCAGUAGUUUUAAAGAAAAUGCAAUAUUUAUGGAUAGAAUUUGUGUGUAAACCACUGACCAAUUCAUUGAAUUCUACAGGAAGAAAACAAGAUUCAGAUUUAUUAACUACACUGUCCGAAUCCAGUACAAUGAUUCAAUUGUUUUCUGAAUUAGUUAUUUUGAAAUUGAAAGAAGAAGAAAUUGAUUGGUUAAAAAUGAUGAUUCUCUUUAGUUCACCAAUAUACGAUGUUAACUCAGAUAUACAUCUUGAAACUGUUCAACAUGCACGAAGUUAUGCUGUCAAAUAUUAUCAAACGAUUUUAAAAGGUUGCCCAAUACGUCAAGGACAAUUGUUGCAUUUACUUCAAACUACUUAUUCGUGUGUAAAUUUGAAAAGUGAUUUGUCAUUUCCAUGGUUAAAAUAUUAUAUGGAGUGUAUAUUUCAACUGAGCACGGAUAAAUUGGAACCAGUUAUUAAGCAUAUGAUUUCAGCGGCUUUAGACACCUCUGAAAUGAUGACUACUCGAUCAGUUGUCAGUAAGUCAUCAUGCUGAAGUUCCUCACUGAAAUGAUCUCCUUGUUCCCUAUUCCCUCGCAUGAAUUGAAUUUCAACAUCGAUCGAUAGACAUCUCUUUACUUACCACUUGGCAAACUAUUACAAAAACUGUUUACAUCUACGUCAAGGAUUUCAAAAUAUUACUUGAGGAUCCUUGAGAAAUAGAGUAAUGUACACACACACACACAUACGGAAACACUCAGAAAAGCUGUCAACUCCAGCUUUUAAUUUCAUGCUAUUUUUUUGUUUUGUCUUAGUUUUUCACGAGAACUUUUUUUCAACUAGUUUUAUUUUAGCACGAAUCUAUUCAACCAAAGAUAAUAUAAUCCUAAAAUGACAUGACAGAAACACAGCAAGAUGUAAUAUUAUUUUCAAAUUAAUUAUACUACUAACACUACUACUUAGUAGUAAUAGCACUCAAACGUGAAUAACAAUUACUAUUUGUGUUUUUAGUCAUAUGACACACAAACACACACAGAGACACAAAUCGAGAUAUAUAUUAGCCGUGAAAUUGAGUGACAGGUUGGGGGAUCGACAGAAAGACAUGCAAGCGUGCAGAAACGCUAGGUAGACAACAUAUUCUAUCUUCACUCAAAGACUAAUCUUUGCACUAUUGUUCUUACAGCUAUACAUUAUUGACGCCUAAUACUUCUGAACUGUUAGCCUCGUAUACCCUACACAGCUAUAGAAAAUGUUUGUUACGCACAAAUAUACGCACACAAGCACAUGAAAACACACUACUCAUUGCAUAUACAUAACAAAGUGCUCAAACCUAUUUCCUUUUGUUUUUAACUUCGCCUUUUUACGCACAAGCCCACUAUUCAAGUAAAAUAUAU